CGUGCCUCCCAGAAUGUGACAAUGUAAACAAACAAGCGAGCUGUUGAGCACCGAGACGAUGAGAGCUGUUGGUCUUAGAGAACUCUGAGAUGCGUCUGCGCAGAUGCAGAUGCUCCUGCAGAGGCUGCAGAGCUUUGCUUUUACAUCAUGUGAUUGUCUGCCUUCUCUUAAUACCCAAACACAGAGGGCAGCCUCUUGUAGUCGGUCCAUCGCAGGCAGUCGUGGCCACAGUAGGCGAGGAGAUUGUUUUGCCGUGCCACAUUAAACCGGAAAUGGACGCCAGCAGGAUGAGGCUGGAGUGGGCGAGACCUGACCUGACACCCGGGUUUGUACACGUGUGGGCAGACAAUAAAGAACACGUGGUUAACAAACAGCCGUCGUACGGAGGAAGGACGUCACUCAUGAUCCACAAACUGGAACACGGGGACGUUUCCCUGAAACUCUCCAACGUGACCGUCUCUGAUGAGGGAACCUACAGAUGCCUUGUUCCACAAGUGGGUCGAGAGGUUUUCAUCAAACUUGUUGUUGGUGCGGCCUCCUUGCCAUUCAUCAGAGUAAUGAACAGAACCAGCAGCAGGGUGGUGUUACAGUGUGAGUCUGCAGGCUGGUAUCCAGAGCCUGAGCUGCUGUGGUUGGACAGUGAGGGAAACCUCCUCUCUGCUGGACCUACAGAGACCCUCAGAGGUCCUGAUGACCUCUAUACUGUCAGCAGCAGAGUGACUGUGGAGAAGAGACACAGCAACAACAUCACCUGCAGAGUCCAACAGAAGAACAUCAACCAGAGCAGAGACAUGUACAUCCAUCUCCCAGUCCUUUCCUGGUAUGUGAAAUUAGUGUUGGUACCGUGCCUCUUCAGUGUCUUCCUGGCUGCCGUACUCACAGUACAUGGAAGGCGCCUAAGGAUUCCUGGACAUGCUGAAAAUGAGGCGAUGAUUAAGACAGCAGAUGUGUAACGACCACUUUGAUGGAAAACCACACACACACACACACACACACACACACACACACACACACACACACACACACACACACACACACACACACACACACACACACACACACACCAGCUUUAAAAGGACCUUCAGAUUAAGUAGGGGCAGGAGGUGGAGCUUCUGACAUGUCCAGAAGAAGCCAAAAAGCAGGUGAAGAAUGACACAUUUCAAUGGCAGGAAAACAAGCUAUGAGAAUGAGUUCAUGUAAGGAGAAUGAUUCUGCUUCAGCACAACUGUCAGCACGGCUGUCGGCCCUCAGUCUGGGUCUCUGCACAAGUUUUUGAUGCAGGUCUAAAAGGCGAUAACUCUGGUAAAAAGUAAAUGAGCCUCAGUUCAUCUGUACAAAUGGGUUAUUACAUUUCUCAUUUCUUACUGUCUUGGAUGACCUCUAGCAGCUGUAGUAUUUAUGAAAAUGAAACUUGCCCUUUUUUUUUUUUUAUUCAUGACUGUUUCAAACUUUAAAUGUGUAUUGAUUAUUUUAUCAAUGAUGACAAAGACCCUGGCCAAGAUUCUGAACCUCAUGUUGCCCGGAAAGUGUUUAUUGGAGUGUGAAUGUUAGAAAGCACUUAGGUAUAGAAAAAAAAGUGCUUGUAUGAGAAGGUGUGGAUGCUGGAUAAAGUGCGAUUAUCUCCAAUACUGUGAUUUGAGGCUUUGAGCAGAGAAGAUUUUCCCAGUGUUCAACCCUUCAGUUUAUGAGGGGAACCGAUUAGAAGAAAGUUGCCUUAAAUGGAUGGUGGUCUUAACGUGAGAGGAGCUGAAAAGCUUGUCUCAGACAGCGGAGGAGCUGUGAACUAUCUAAAGCUGCUUUAGAGUCCAAGAAUAAAAACAUGGAGCUGGAAACUAACAGAACAAAUCCACUCCAGGUAUUAUUACAAGUAUGAAAACAAAAGCAUCGCUGCAGGUGCACCAAAAGAAAAACAGCUUUGGUCUUACCAGAGAACAGAGAGCUGCUUGAAUUAAAAUGGUCGGGUAAGACCGUCUCAGAGUCUCAGAACUGGAAUCUCUCCACUGCUAUAAAACAGGAAGAAAACUAAAACACCAUGGAAACCUCAAAGGUUUAUAGCUUCUUACCUCUGACUUAACAGGUGAUGACCGUCAUGUUCAUCAGCUGUUAAAUUGGGAUUGGAUCUAAUAAUUUGUGGUUGUUAGUAUGCUAAAUCUAUAGCAGCACUUUUCAGUGAGUCGGGAGUUUUCAGGAGUUUCUGUUGAAUGUAAGUGUUAGUAACGGGCCGUGCAGAAUGGGAUGGGAUCGGGAAGCCAAAGCUAAAAAUCCUGUUUUUUUAGGUCUCCAUAGACUACAAACAGUCCUGGUCGCGUAUACUUUAUUUGGAAGUCAAAUUUUCACAUGUACCCUCAACAUACUGUCCGAAGAUGAAUAAUAUUUAUAUUUAAUUUGUUUAUAUACUCUUUGCACUGACCUAUUCUUGUCCACAUGGUGCAGUAACUGUGU